AUCAAUGCCCCAAGUCAUCCGCAGUUUCUAUUUUCUAAAUGCCUUUCUUUCUGGUUUUGGAACAUGAUUAUCUGAAAAGCUGCCUGAUUAUUUACAUUUGAAUUGUAUCUGGAUGUUUUUUCCUCUUGCCGAUCCUAGUAGAGACCCGAGAAAUCUGGAAUUGAGAGUCCUUUCAGAGCUAGAAAAAUCUAUAUUUACAGUGUCCCAAACUUUCAAAUAUGAGCCCAUAUUUGACAGGGACAGGCGACAUUUCCAAAUCAGAGGACUUGGUUUAAGGUUUCACAAUGUGGCUAGUCGUCAAGAAUGAUCCUUUAUUUCUUCUAAAGCAUGUAUAAUUACAAGUCAAUAAGUCCAGUGAGUUGAAUCGUCAUCAAUCAUUCAGGGCAUUGAAAUAGGCUCAAACAUGUUAGUCAUUAAGCAUUUUUGUAGAAAGAGCUCCAAGCUAGACAUCGAUGGAUGUUCUCUCACUAACAUUUUUUAGGACUAGUUUCCUAAUUUUUCUCUUCAAAUGCCGCAUAGCACUUGACACCAUUUCUCUCUCUCAGUCUCUCAGAGAUGGCAACACCUUGGUUUCAGGAGAUGGAAGCUUCGAACUGGGUUUCUUCAGUCCUGGUGAUUCCAAGAACCGUUACGUGGGAAUUUGGUACAAGAAAAUUCGAGUUCGAACUGUUGUUUGGGUGGCAAAUAGGCAAAAUCCAAUCACUGACACUUCUGGCUUGCUGAUGAUAAACAGCAUCGGCAAUCUUGUACUUCUCAGUCAAAACCAGAGUGCUGUUUGGUCGUCAAACUCUACCAAAGAAGCUCAAAGUCCAAUUGUACAGCUCUUAGAUUCUGGAAAUCUUGUCUUAAGAGAUGAGAAGGAUGGUGAUUCACAGUCAUAUUUGUGGCAAAGCUUUGACUAUCCAACAGAUACAUUGCUUCCGGGCAUGCAGCUAGGAUGGGACUUGAAAACCGGUUUUGACCGGCAUCUCUCAGCAUGGAAGAACUCAGAUGACCCGUCCCCUGGUGACUUUUCUUGGGGGAUAGAAUUACAAGAUAAUCCUGAGGCAGUCAUCUGGAGAGGCUCAAAGAAGUACUACAGAAGUGGUCCAUGGAAUGGACUCAGCUUCAGUGGAUCACCUGAACUAAGGUCCAAUCCUCUCUUUCAAUUUAGCUUUGUCUCUAACGAGGAGGAGGUGUAUUAUGUAUAUUACCUCAAGGAUAAAUCACUCAUCUCAAGGGUUGUUCUGAACCAAACCAUUUAUCUGCGACAGCGCUUUGUAUGGAGUGAAGAGAGUCAAACUUGGAAGGUAUAUGCAUCUGUGCCACGAGACUACUGUGACAGUUAUGGCCUUUGUGGUGCUUAUGGGAAUUGUAUUAUUAGCCAGUCACCAGUCUGCCAGUGUCUAGAGGGAUUUAAGCCUAAAAUACCAGACAAAUGGAAUUCAAUGGACUGGUCUGGAGGAUGUACGCGCAACAAGCCCUUGAACUGCACAAAAGAAGAUGGAUUUCUAAAAUUUGAAGGGCUAAAACUGCCAGAUGCUAGACAUUCCUGGGUUUACCAAAGCAUGAAUCUCAGGGAAUGCAGGGCAAAAUGUUUAGAGAAUUGUUCUUGCAUGGCCUAUGCAAACUCAGACAUAAGAGGAGGAGGUAGCGGCUGUGCCAUGUGGUUUGAUAAUUUAAUUGAUAUCAGACAGAUAGAUUCUGGUGGAGAGGAACUUUAUAUUCGAAUUUCUGCUUCAGAAUUAAAAGCUAGAGGUGAGCCUAAGAAGAGGAUUGCAGUUAUCAUAGGCAUCACUGCCCUGGCCAUAGUUGCUGGGAUGCUUAUGGUACUUGGCUUUUGCCGAAUCAGGAAAAACUUACAAGAGAAGAAAGAAGACAUUGGAGAAGCAGAGCAGAACAUUGAACAAAGUAAGGAAGACAUGGAGCUUCCAUUGUUUGACCUUGCCACAAUAGCUAAGGCCACCAAUAACUUUUCGUUCAACAAGAAGCUAGGGGAAGGAGGAUUUGGACCUGUAUACAAGGGUUUAUUAGCAGAUGGACAAGAAAUUGCAGUGAAGAGGCUUUCAACGAAAUCUGGACAAGGAUUGAAUGAGUUCAAGAAUGAAGUGAAGUUGAUUGCAAAACUUCAGCAUCGUAAUCUUGUAAAACUUCUUGGUUGUUGCAUUGAAGGAGAUGAGAAAAUGCUAAUUUAUGAAUUUAUGCCCAACAAAAGCCUGGAUUUCUUCAUAUUUGAUGAAAUCACAAGCAAGCUAUUAGAUUGGCCCAAGCGAUUCAACAUAAUCUCUGGGAUUGCUAGGGGGCUUCUGUAUCUUCAUCAGGAUUCCAGACUGAGGAUCAUACACAGAGAUCUCAAAGCAAGUAAUGUUUUACUCGACCAUGAAAUGAACCCAAAAAUUUCUGACUUUGGCAUGGCUCGAACUUUUGGUGGAGACCAGAGUGAAGGAAACACAAACAGAGUGGUUGGAACUUAUGGUUACAUGGCACCAGAAUAUGCAAUUGAUGGGCAGUUCUCAGUGAAAUCUGAUGUCUUUAGCUUUGGUAUAUUAAUGCUGGAGAUAAUAAGUGGAAAGAAGAAUAGAGGGUUUUAUCAUCAAGACAAAAGUGUUAGCCUUAUAGGACAUGCAUGGAAAUUGUGGAAGGAAGGAAGACCGUUAGAACUAGCAGAUGAUGCAUUCUUAGGGGAGUCCUGCGCUCUAUCAGAAGUGGUAAGGUGCCUCCACAUUAGUAUAUUGUGCGUGCAGCACCAUCCUGAGGACAGGCCAAGCAUGCCAUCUGUAGUUCUGAUGUUAGGCGGCCAGAGUGCAUUGCCUCAACCAAACCAACCUGGUUUUCUAUCAAACAAGGACAAUUCUAAAGAAGUUCCACGGGGCAACCCUGAAUCAUCUUCAACCAAUGAAAUAACUGUCACAAUUUUGGAGCCUCGAUAGAGAUGUUCUUAUCCUUAUGUCACACGCAUUAUGAUCUUUACUAAAUGAUUUUCAUUAACAUUGUUGUUGUACCUUAUAUUUCUACAUAGUUGUUAAUCAAUCUUAGUAGAACCUUAGGCCUUGAAUUCCA